GUGAUCGCAGAGCCGGCUCGGAGGCGCCCUCUGCUCCAACAGACAGGGGCGACUUCGGGCUGGAUAUCCGUCAAAUUCUUACCUCGCCCUUACUCUGCUGGCAGGAUCAGAUUGCAUUUCUUUCAUUACUCUUCACUUCCCAGUUUGCUGAUCUCUUUAAAAGAAGCAGCAGAAAAGAUAAAUCCUCUCUUCAAUGCCUGGAAGGGAAAACAAAAUAACCUCAACGGCGCUUUGAAAAAAAUCUUUCCAAGAACUUUCUUCAGAGAUUUUACUCAGAUGAUCUAUACAAUGAAGAAAGAACAGAUUUGUUGGGCUUCUAUAUGUCUGCUGCUUGGUUGUGCGUCUGCUCCUCUUAAUGCUGCUCCUCAGGAAAGUGAAGAACAUACAAAUAUUACAGAUGCUGAGUUACCACCACUGAAACCUCUGCAUUCGUUUUGUGCGUUGAAAGCGGAUGAUGGCCCAUGCAGGGCAAUGAUCAAGAGAUUUUUUUUCAAUAUUCAUACUCAGCAGUGUGAAGAAUUUGUAUACGGGGGAUGUGAAGGCAAUCAGAAUCGAUUUGAAAGCCUGGAAGAGUGCAAAGAAAAGUGUAUAAGAGUUUAUCCAAAGAAAUCUAGAAAGACAGAAGGAACAUUGCAAAAAGAAAAGCCAGAUUUCUGCUUUUUGGAAGAAGAUGCUGGAAUCUGUCGAGGUUAUAUUACUAGGUAUUUCUAUAACAAUCAGUCAAAGCAGUGUGAACGUUUCAAGUAUGGUGGGUGCCUCGGCAAUCUGAACAACUUUGAUUCUUUGGAAGAAUGCAAGAACGCUUGCGAGGAUGCAUUGAAUGAUUUCCAGGUGGAUGAUCAUAGAACCCAGAUUAAUGCUGUGAAUAAUGACUCCUUGACUCCCCAGCCUACCAAGGUUCCCAACUUUUGGGUUACAAAAGAAAGAACAAAUGAUGGUUGGAAGAAUGCGGAUCAUACUUACCAAGUCUUUCUGAAUGCCUUCUUCAUUCAUGCAUCCAUGUUCAUUUUAGGAUUAGCCUCCAGGUCAAGGGAAACUGAUUGGAUGUCAUUCUGAAGACCAUCUGGGUGCUUGGAGCUCUCUCUCUUUCCUGACUGUAUUCAAUGUAUGAUCUAGUGGCUAGAUGCCAUAUAUACGUGAAAAAAAUGGGAAGAAAGGAAAAACAUAUAUAUACACACACACACAUGCAUACAUACACUUCUUUUUAAAAUUUUUUUGUUAUUAUUGGCCCUCUAAAGGAGGUGUUAUGCUGACAAAUUGCCCGAUUGUCAGCCAAACACCAUCCCUGAUAUAGUCAUUUACAGAUUUGCAAGAGAAUAUUGUUACCUAUUUGGCCUCUUGUUGAAGCUAUGAUUACAUAUAAAAGAAUAUCACAACCAUGGAAAUUUUCUGGAAAGAAAAUAUCCCCCAUCAACUAUAGAGUUACACACUUAGCAGCAUACCAUGGUUAAUCACUAGCACCAUCAACAAUUCUGAAAAACCCUAAUUCAUCAACAACCCACUUCCAUAGUCCCAAAGAAGUAUCCUGUUUUUCAUAAUGUAUUUUCAAACCAAGAAGCAUAGAACCUUCUCUGAUAGUCUAAAUACGCCUGCAUGGUGAAUCUGGUUCCUCAUAUGUUGAUUUUCUGACAAGCUGGCUUUCCAAAAAUAGAUAGCAAUUUGUAGAGAGAAUCCAUCAGACCUCCUACUUCCUGGCAGGAGAGCUGGUGAGAAACAAAAAUGUAGCACUUCAUUUCUGCCAAGAUUGCUGCCAUUCAAACAAGUCACCCUGGUGACCACAGACUGCUUUUGCUAAUCCCUUUCUUCCUGGACCAUCUCUGGUUUUAACAAGGAUGAAUUUUUUACGUCAGUUGUAAGAUUCCUCCAGGGAAGUGUUUCUAAAACUUGAAUAAUAUACAGAUACAUUUAAAAGAGAAAAAUCACAGACUUCCAAUUUGUAAGCCAAAUUAUUUUGAAUGACAUUAAUUUUACAUGAACAAGUAAAAUAGUAGGAAUAAACUAUGCAUGUGACUACUUGAAAACUAUAUCAAAACUUAUUCACAAAUGAAUACAAUACAAAAUACAAACUACUAAAUUAAUAAUAGUAAUUUGAUGGCACGUGCUUUUUGCUAAAGGUAAAAAUCUCUAUUAUAAUAUGAAUUUGGUAUUGACUGCUAAGGGCAAGUUAGGAAUGUGGUUGGAAUAGGAUAGAAAAACUGUGCUGCUCUAUGUCCUGUGUAAUUCUCUGACUGCCCUUUUGCUAUUUGAAUACUGGACAAUCUUUGCAGGAAUGAAUUUGAAAAGCAUUGGUGUAAAAUGUCUUGGUUAGGAAAAUCUCAACUCUAUCUUUCUAGGGACAGAGCAGAAUGAGGUUUCUAGUUGUCUAUCACAACCUAAUGCCAUUAAAUGGAUCUGGCUGGCCAGUACAAACAUGAUCACAGAGUGCAGAAAAACCUGGAACUUUGUAGAAUCAGUCCAUGUUGAACAUGGUAACCCAGUAAUUCUUGCCUUCAAAUGUUGGAGUACUGAAUACGGUUUGGCUCAGAACGGUUACUCCCAAGACUGUUUCCAGCUUCCUUGUUUGAUGACCUAUUUUGAUUAGAUCUUUGUCCUGUUCAGACUUGGUAAACUCUAACUCGAUGCAUGUAACUGAGGGAGGGAAGCGUCUAAGACAUUCUGAACCUGAGUUGCAAAGAAGAGAGAAUUUUGGGAUCAGAUAUAAAGGAGAAGAUGUGACAACUUUCUCUUUAUCUGAUAAUUAUUAAAAUAUCUUUGCUCAGUUAUUUUUAUUUUCCAGUUAAUUUUCAAAUGACAUAGCAUAGUGGUUAAGAGCAUUAGCUUUAUGAGCAGAAAGAUGUGGGUUUAAAUUCCACUUCUGCUGUUUGUCAACUCUCUCUGUGGCCUUGAAAAAAAUUACACAACUCUUAGCCUUGGGUUCCUCAUUUGUUAUAUGCGGAGAGUAAUAUCUCAGAAAAUUUUUGUGAAGAUUGUGAUGACAUAUAUAAAAUUCUUAACCCAGUGUUUAGUACUCAAUAAGAGCUCAAAAGUAUUAAUAUUUGAGGGUUUUUUAUGAUAUUUAUGAUGAUCACCGAUGUCAACAGAAGUUUACAGCAGGAAAAAAAUAAAUAAUCAUGGAAAUUAUUUGUAUACAUUUUAUUAGUGAUAAUUUUUUAGUGAAACUAAAGUCUGUAACCUUGAUCUGAAAUAUCCUCAUUUUAUACUUAAUACUAUGAUUACCUGAAAUAACAUAAAGCACUUGUAAAAUUCAAACAUAAUUAUAAACUACUAAUACAUGUUUUCUGUCUUUGGAUCUUAUUUCUAAACAGAAGACUUGCAAACCUGUUUCCAACUUUAUCUUAUGACCUGAGGUACAGAUGUGUUAUUCUUCUUAAUUUCAGUUCAGUUCAAUAAAUAUUGGGUGCCGCCUACAGAACAAGAAUUGUCAUGGACACUGGGAGUCUGGGAAGAAUAAAGAGGGUGUUGUUGUCCUUACAGGCAUGUCUGAAAUCAGGGAAGGAGAUAGACACAUAGAUGAUUUCAAUGGCUAUGUUACCUGCUCAGACACAGACCUGCACAAGUGUUAUGGCAGGAUGGAGUCAUGAUGUUGUACUUCCACUGAAGUACAGAAUUAAUCAUGAUAUUGUUCUUCCAUUGAAGUCAAAAUUAAAAUUUUCUGUCUUCUCAAAACCUGGGUUCUAUCUUCGAUCUAACAUCUUGGAUCUGUUUGCCUAGACGCUGGCUAAUCCAUGGGCAUAGUUCACAAUUUCAUCUUCAUUCAGGGAUUUUUCUAUGUAAAGCCACAAUGAAAGAAAGCCAUGCUAAAAUUACAACUUAUGAAACUAUCAUGACUAUAGUUUCUAUUAUAAUUAUGUUUCAUAAUAAAUUAAAAAAAUAUUGCAUCUUGUAAGUCAACUAGUCUAGAAAUAUUUCAAUUAUCCUCCCUCUAAGUGUCUGUCUCCCUUGCCCACAUUCAAUCUGGUGCUUAAUUUCAGCUAUUCCCACUGUAACUGCUUUAGUUAGGGAGUUAGGGUCACCUUAUAUUCGCCUCUAUUGCAAGUCUCCUAGUGGAUUCAACCAACCCAUGCCUGGUUGAGUUUGCUUCACGAAUCAAGAAAGAACAGAACUUGUGUCCUUCAUCCUUCAGUACUUUCAGUGGUGUAUUAAUGUCUACAUCAUAAAUCCAAAUAUAGUAGCAUUCAAAGACCUUCUUUAUUUGGCCUAAAUCUACUUUUCCAGCUUUGCAUCCCACUGGACUCUCCAUGCACUCUGUUCUUCAGAUAGCCCAGAGUUUGCAGAGUACCCCCACCCCAAAACCAGGAAUGUUCUGACCUUUGUGCUUUCCUUCACCCAUAGUUCCCUCUAUCUCCUCAGUGUAUCAAAAUCUCAUCCUUCCUUAAAAGCUGAUCAAGGGACUAAAUAAACUUUAAUUUUCACUUUUUACUAAAAUCGUAUAGAGUUUUCAACUUUGCAGAUAUGACAUGAAGAAAAGUUUUUCUAAAACAUUAUAAGACAUAAUUAUCAUAGAAUAAAUUAUACUCAUAAGUUUCAUGAUUGUCAAUUUUACCAUGGCUUUCUUUAUUGGUGGCUUUAUUUAGAAAAAAUCUCUGGAUGAAGAUAACUUUGUGAACUCUGCCCAUGGAUUAGGCAGUAUCUAGGCAAAGAAGUGCAACCCAAUAAAUAUCUACCCAAUUUCUCUUUUCCUUUUCAAUAUGUGGAGGCUUCCGUGCCUGGGCAAGGUUUCCUGCAGUCUGUUUCCACACGAUCUUUUAGUUUCCAGUGCCCUGGCAGCCUACCUUCUACAUUUCACACUCAGCAAAGUGGCCCAGUACACAUAGAAAAAAAAUGUUUCACGGCGCUCAUUUUCCCAUUCCCUGCUCUCUUUUCUCUUCUAUGGAAUGCCAGUUUCUGCUCACUUAACACCGCUUCUCCCUUGGUAGUGAAUGGAGACACAUGCUUUUCCAGUAGUACAGACUUAUUAUCUAUAUAUAGUACACUUACAGCUGAUAGUUUUACUUUCCAUUCCCAGUCAGAAACAGCUUCCAAUCUCUGGACUUUCUGCAUGACCCCAGGACACUGGGAUCACUCUAAAAAUAUUUUUACUAUAUAAUAUUAUUUCUAAUAUUUAUUAUGUAUUUUAUUAUAUAAUUUGAAUAUUAUAAUUGCAGACAAAUUGAAAAACAUAGAAAAGAAAGUCAGCCAUAUUUGCAUUACAUACAAUCACUGUCAACAUUCCUAGCGUAUCCUUUUAAUAUUUCUUUGCUAUUUUCGUUUUCCAACUCAUCAUGAAGUAAAUAAAAUAGAAG